AUGAUUUUCCGCACCAAUUUCAUAUUUUGGUGGGGAUCCUAUGAGAUUUUCACCAACUUCUUCAAAGACAACACCAAGAUGUCAAAUCCAACGAUUAACUUCUGGAGUGGAGGAUUGAGCGCAACUGUCUUCUGGAUAUUUGCCUAUCCCGCAGAUGUUGUGAAACAGGUGAUCAUGACAGAUGACGUGGAUAAUCCACGUUUCAAGAAGUAUUCGCAGGCCGUGAAGUACGUUUAUAAUGAGAGAGGAGGGGUCAAGGGGUUCUUCCGCGGGUUCGGUCCCAGCAUCAUGAGAUCGUUCCCAGCAAAUGCAGCUGCAUUGGCAGCAUUUGAAUUUGUGAUGAGAACGUUGAGUUGA